AUGACUGAAAAACCCUUAAUCCCUUUGGUAUGUGGGAUUGCAAAAAUACAUAAGGAUGUUAAUGACACCCCCCCUUUAAGGCUUAUUGUUGCUGCAGAUUCCACAGAGUGCUUCAAAUGUCAGGAUGAUUUCUGGCCUAAUGAAAGACACGACACUUGUCUUGUUAAAUCUGUGAACUUCCUGUCCUAUGAAGAGACACUGGGUGUGGUUUUAAUCUGUGCAGUUAUAUUUAGUGCACCAAUUCCUACUGGCAUCCUUGUUAUUUUUCUAAAGAAAAGGGACACACCAAUUGUGAAAGCCAACAAUCGUGAACUGAGCUACCUUCUCCUGUGUUCACUUGUCCUUUGCUUUCUCUGUCCUUUAAUUUUUAUUGGCUAUCCCAAUCAAUUAAUGUGUAUGUUCCAACAAGCAGUGUUUGGUAUCAUUUUUACACUGUGUGUCUCUUGUAUCUUGGCAAAAACCAUAAUGGUUGUCAUUGCAUUCAGAGCUGCAAGACCAGGCAACAACCUAAAAAAAUGGGUUGGCACAAGGGUACCAAAUUCUGUGGUCCUCAUCUGUACAUUAGGUCAGAGCCUGAUCUGUAUCAUUUGGAUAAGUAUAUCACCUCCAUUUCCAGAAAAAAACAUGACAUUACAACUAGGAGUGAUAAUAAUACAGUGCAAUGAAGGAUCACUCAUCGCAUUCUGGUGCAUGAUGGGAUACAUGGGUCUUCUGGCUAGUAUCAGCUUCAUAGUAGCAUUUCUAUCAAGAAAGCUACCAGACAGUUUUAAUGAGGCAAAAUACAUCACUUUUAGUAUGCUUAUAUUUGUAAGUGUUUGGCUAUCAUUCAUUCCUGCUUACCUUAGCACUCGUGGGAAGUAUAUGGUUGCAGUAGAAAUAUUUGCUAUUUUAUGCUCCAGUCUAGGUUUGCUGUCAUGCUUAUUUUUCCCAAAGUGUUACAUAAUACUUCUAAGGAGCGCGAGAAAUACUAAGGAAUUUGUAAUGGGGAAAAAUGAUUCAAGUAGUAAAAAAAGUUGA